CCAAAUGAAGCUUUAAAAAAAUUUGUCACUGUCACCUUUCGUGAGUGCACCUCGCUUUGGAGGCGUGACGUGACAGCGACAAAAACUUUUUGUCAUGUUGACAAAAGUCACCGGUGCGCGCUAGCUCUAAGCCAGCCGUUUAUUUCAAAUUUAUAAAAUUUCUUAAAUAUUUGGCUGGCUGUUGCCCAUUGAUGAUUUUUUAGUAAUUUUAAUAGCCGCCUUCUAAUUUAGAAAUAAAAAAGUGUUCUAGACAUUUGAACUUUGGAAAUCAAUAGAGAAAUAAUUUUACCAUAAUACUGAUAAUAAUUUAUUUAUUGGGUAUAUAAUUAAUACUCAAAAUGGUGGACGAGCAUUCCAACAAAUGUUCAAUAGACGCUGUACAAGUUGCUUUGAGAAUAAGGCCUCUACUGGCACAAGAAAUUGAAAGAGGGUGCGUUGAAUGCAUUGAAAUGAUAAAUGGAACCCCACAAGUUAUAAUUAAAGACUUAGCAUUCACAUAUAAUUUUGUGUUUCCACAACAUAUAACACAACAAGAAUUCUAUGAUACAUCUGUUAAGGCCUUGAUUACAAAGUUGUUUCAAGGUUACAAUGUUACAAUACUUGCUUAUGGGCAAACAGGAUCAGGUAAAACAUUUACAAUAGGCACAAAUUAUUCUGGAUCAUUUCGGGACUCAACAAAAUUAGGUGUAAUUCCUCAGGCUGUCGCUGAUAUAUUUGAUUUUAUAGAAAAAAAUGAAGACCAAUUUAUAUUUAAAGUAUCUGUAUCAUUUAUGGAAUUAUAUCAAGAGCAAUGCUUUGAUUUACUAUCUGGGAAAAAGCGAGGUCAUAGUAUUAUUGAGAUUCGAGAAGAUUUUAAGGGUGUGAUCUUGCCAGGUAUAACAGAAGUGCCAGUCUCUUCAAUGGCUGAAACAAUGUUGGUACUAGAGAGAGGUGCAUCAGGCCGUAUGACAGGUCCCACUGCAAUGAACCAGGCUUCCAGUCGGAGUCAUGCUGUAUUCACUAUUACCAUCUUAAAGGAGAGUCGAACUGAUAAAAACCUUGUGACAUCGUCUAAGUUCCACCUUGUCGACUUGGCUGGUUCCGAGCGCAUAAAGAAGACGAAGGCUAGUGGAGAGCGACUUAAGGAAGGAGUUAAAAUUAACCAGGGCUUAUUGGCUCUUGGUAAUGUGAUCUCUGCGUUGGGAAAUGGCACCAAUAAGAGUUUUAUUAGCUACAGAGAUAGCAAACUUACGAGGCUACUGCAGGACAGUCUCGGCGGUAAUUCCCUAACCUUAAUGGUAGCGUGUGUGAGUCCGGCGGACUUUAAUUUUGAUGAGACGUUGUCUACGCUGAGAUACGCGGACCGCGCAAGGCGUAUACGCAACAAGCCCGUUAUUAACCAAGACGCUAAGGCCGCUGAGAAUGUUCGCCUUACCAAUUUAGUGAAUGACCUCAAACUGCAACUCCUUGAUAAACUUCCAUCACCGAGUGAUAAAAGCAAAGAACAAUUGCAAGAAGAGUUAGAUAGAGAAAUAGCCAAAUCCCAAGUGUUAUUAAAUAAAAAUAAACAGAUUACAGAACAUUUGGGGAACAUCUUCAUUGAAAACACGAAUUUAUGCGAAAAAGUCCUUUUGGCUGAAGCUGCAAAUAACAAAAUUGAGGGGAAGCUAAACGAACUAACAGAACAUUGCAAUCAGAUUAUAGAAAAUGUGACAAUGGAUAAAGAAGAAGACGACUCACAGAAAACAAGUUUAAUGGACUACUUGAAGGAGAUUAAGACACGAUUGGAAGAUAUGCAGACUUUGAAGAAACACAUCAAUGAAGAAAUGAUCGAUCAUGAUAUUAAAGUUUCGUAUAUGCUAAGGGAAAAUGGUGAUAAUGGUCAUAAUAGUGAUAAUGGUGUUGAAGAAGUGAUGACUGAAGAUCAGGCCGCGAUUGAGGGGGAGAAGCGGGCUAUGGGACAGGUGGCAUUGAACCAAGAAUUGCAAGAAUUAAAUCGGGAAAUGGCUUUUAAAGCAGCUCUGGUACAAAGCAUUCUUAGAAAAAACCAGGAUAUAUUAAAAAGUCAUGACAAUCUAUCUAUCAAUGAGGACAAAAUCGCUAAAUUGGAGAAGGAAAAGGAUGAGUUAUUGCAACAGUUGAAGAAUACUCAAACCAAGGAUCUGUCCCAUGAUGAGAACCGCAAGCAAGUGUCAAUGUUAGAAUCAGAGAUCACGGAGCUGAGGAAGAAAUGCCAGCAUCAAGCCAACGUCAUCGAGACGACGCAGAAGAACGAAUCCCAUAUCAAGUCGUUAAAUGAUGAGCUACAAGCCAUGGAUGCUGCUAAGGUGGAAAUAAUUCGUAAAAUGCGUGAAGAAUGCGAGAAGUACCGCAAAUGGAAGGCAGACAAUGAACGGGCGAUGUUGCGCCUGAAGGCGGAUGAUCGCAAACUUGUAUCUGCGAUGGCCAAGAUGGAGUCCCUACACGCGAAGCAGCAGAAUGUGCUGAAAAGGAAGAUGGAGGAAGUUGUGGCUGUUAAUAAGAGACUCAAGGAAGCCCUAGACCGCCAAAAGUUGGCGGUCAAACAAAAUGGAAAGGAAAAUGUUAAUGUCAAUAGGGGCGCCGUCCCGAAAUGUAAUAAUGAUAAUAAAACAAGAGAAGAUAUUGAACGAGAACUGGAGAUGCAUCUCAGUAUUGUGGAGGCGGAGAAGUCGCUUGAUGAACUUAUGGAGUACCGAGCGUUGAUAACUCGGCAAAUCGAGAUCGUCCGCAACUGUACAGACUCUGAAGCCAAUCGCAAGAAGCUUCAUGAACUGGAAGAUGAUUUGGCCUUACGCAACGCGCAAAUUUCUGAUCUGCAACAGAAAAUUAUUACUGCCGAUCAAGAAAACGAUGCUCUAAACCGCUGGGACAAGAUCCAAUCGAUGCCCGAGGCCAAAGCGGCUCUCAAGUGCCUCUUCGAGUUACUUGUAGAGGCGAAGAAAGAUCUCCAAAGCCAGACUGAGAAAGGCUUCCAGGCGAAAUACGAAGAGAUCAAGAACUCUUACGACCGCCUCAAAGUGGAGUACGAGAACAGGGAAGCGGAAUUCGAGCGGAAGUUGGCGGGUAUCAAGGCUGAACAUGAUGAAAAGCUAUCCAUCCUCUUCGAGUUUCAGCGCAAGGUAAUUUGCCGCGGGGACGAGACGGAACCGUGUCGCAAUUUGCAAACGGCAUUGCAGGUACAGCAAGAUAAGCUGGAGUUGCUGGACCAACAGCAUAAAAAACUUUACGAUGAGCUGGACAAGCUACGUGCGACCAAUGCACAACCUGGCAAAGCGAAGAAAAGCAAUAAGGCACUUGAAAAGGUUAAGAAAAAGGAAUAUGUUGAACCAACUGAUGAGGACGAGGAAGAUGAGGAGUUUGAUAAUGACCCAGACUGGGGUGCCACACCACACUCCAGGCGGUGUCAGCGUCGUUACGUGAAGAAAAAAUUUAGUGCGGCCGAAGACUGCAUCAGUUAUGCGAUAGCCAGGCGGCGAAGUGAAACCCUACCGUAUUGCAUUUGUAGAGGUAGCUGCAGCAGCAAUCUCUGCGGUUGUGUGAAGACUGAUCGCUCAUGCCAUUCCAAAUGCAGAUGUUCGCAGCAGUACUGCAAAAAUCGGCGUCUGUCAUCCGAUGGACACGAUAAGGAAAAUAAUCCGGCGUCAGAUUUGCAUUCAGAGACCACUCCAGUGUAUUUUGACAAACGGUUUUUAUCAACACUUUUACAUUGCUUGAAUGCUGUUAAAAUAUUAUAUUUUUAAUAUUUAAUGUUCGGUUAUACGAAGAUAUAUACUUCUUUCCUUAUAUUCUGAUUGACAUGUUUUACAAAUCUUCCAACCAACCGUAGAUUUGUAUUAUUAUAUUAUAGUAUAUAUUGUGUUUUGUGGCGUAGCCACAAUACAUGGACGUAAUAGAGCUACAGAAACUAUUUAAAUUAUAUUUAAGAAUGAAAGUGUUAAUACAAUUACAAAAUUUGUAUUAUAAAAAUAAAACUACUGCAAAGAUAAUUAGGUGUGUUUUAAGGAUAAGGAAAGCCAUCAUUAUCCUCUUUUGCAUCUCCUUAGCUCUUAGUCUUGUUGCCCCCGUUCCCUUAUAUCUUAAUUAUAUAUUAUAGCGUCAACCCUAUGAUUGUGGAGUGCCAAAAAAAAAUACGUUUAUUUAUUUAUUUGUGAAGUCUACAACAUCUACAAUCAACACAUUACGAAAUCUACUGAUAAUUUUAUAAUUUUUUCUAUCUAAUAUGUACGACAAUAUUUAUUGAUGUGUAUAAAAUUUAUAUAUUUAACUUAUAACUAAAAAAAAGUGGUUUGACAAAGAUGUAUAAGGUAAAUUUUAUUUUUUAUAUAUAUAUUUUAUUAUAUUAAACUUAUCUUUAUACAUGAAGCAUUCAAGCAAUGUAUUACGUACGCCAGCAUUUCUAUAUUUUUUUGCCACUCUUUUAAAAAUGUAAAAAAAAUAUUUCUAUAUAAUGAUUAAGUAUUUAUGCAAUCAUUGUAGCUUAUUAACCUAACUUUUAUAAGAUAUAAAUAAGAAUCGGUGAAAUUGGUGCCAUUUAUUAUAAAAAAAUUAAAAACCUCAGCAGGGUAAUCUGAAAAGGUC